CCUCGAACUAAACUAACCAAAACCACCAACACCAACAUCAAACACUACGAAUCAACCAUCACCAAAACCUCAUAACACUUAAAGAACUGUCCACACCUAUCAAACAGUCCAGACCACCCGACAAACCCCUCCAAUUUGUAACAAUGGCGGCCAAGAAGAACGUCCGCGACAUCACCCCCUCGGCCGCUGCUACCACUCAGGCCAGCACCACCAGCGCUGGUUCAGUUCCUCCUCAGCCUCAGCCCAAGCCCGUCGCUAUCGCCAAGAACGAGAUUAAGGGCGAAGUUCAGUGGGACAAGGUAGUCCAGAACCUCUACAAUCACUACGUCAACAAUACUCCUCAGCGCAUCAAGUUGGUUGAUGCUUUUAUGGUCUUCCUUGUUGUCGUUGGUGUUCUCCAAUUCGUCAACUGCGCCCUCGCUGGCACCUUCCCCUUCAACGCUUUUCUGUCCGGCUUCUGUGUGACGGUUGGACAGUUCGUCUUGACUGCUUCGCUACGACUUCAAACAAAUGAGGCUGUCAAGAACGAUUGUCCCUCAGUAUCCCCCGAAAGGUUUGUUGAACUCGAAUUUAAAGGAGACCUAGCACUAACCUUCCCCAGAGCUUUCGCCGACUACAUCGUCUGCAGCUUGAUCCUGCAUUUCUUCGCCAUCAACUUCAUUAACUAGACAGCUAGAUGAAUACUGUGGUCCUGGUGGAAUAGGGACCUCUUUAGGGCUACGUCGGACCCAUCAGGCAGUGUACGAUAAAAGACGGCAAA